CUUCAUUAGAUCUUUACAUAACUGAAUUAACAGAUCAUCAAUCACUUUUCAACACUUUUCUGGAAUAAAAAUCGAGCAAUUGCAUGGUAUACACUUUUACCUCUACCAAAUGGCAUAAUAUCAAUAUGAUACACAUUUAAAUAUUUAUAUGAAACCAGCAUGUAUUCAGAAGAGGGUAGCAGAGAAUAAUAGCUAUUAGAAGGCCCUUAACUAUUUAGGGAAUAUUUGGAAGACUAGAAAUUCUAAAAUUUUAGAAAACAAUUACUCUUAUUCAGCCUUGUUAUUUUAAGGAAAUGAAGCCUGUAGUCACAUGAAUCUGGCCAGUUACUCUUUAAACUCACUCUGAGAGAAGACAAAAUUAUGGGAGUUCCUAAGUGUACCAUAGGAACUGGAAACUGAAUGGAGAGACAUAAAGUGUUUCUCUACUUGAGGGGUAGAUUGUUUCGCAGUCUGCUGUUACCUUUUUGUUUGACUUCCCAGCUCACCAGCAAGCACAUAUGUGCUUCUCAGGCUACCAGAAUCCUUCCCAUCAGCUCUUGUAUCUUUCCCAGCUGAUAGUUAAGACAUCAGAGGCAGGUAGCCUGUGGGUGACUGGGAAGAAAGGAUGUGAGUAGUAAAGGGCUCUGAGAGAGAACUGAAAUGAUGAAGGGAGGGAUGAAGUCAGCAACAGUGAGGGGGUUGGUUUUGUUGCUGUAGAAGUUGCAGGGGUUUAGAAGAUAAAUAUGAGAAAAUCUUGUCUUAUUUAGUUAAUAAUUUCUCCAGACACUGACUUGUAAAUUAGUCAUAUUUUAAAGAAAGACAACAAAAUGCAAUGUCAUGCUCCAUACAUGCGUUUUCCAAUUUAGGGAAAAAAUAAUUUCUAUAUUAAACACUGUACUAAUAAUUCAUCUAAAUUUGAUGGAUUAGAUGUGCCUUUUGCUAUCAUUGAAAAAGAUAUUUUAUGUGUUUAAAAUAUUGUGCUAUGUAUUUAGUUGUGGAACCUUCUUUUACAGCUAUUUCAUGAACAUAGAAAGAUAAUACACUUUCAGAAAACAGUUUUGCAGUGAUUGUUCCUGAUCCUGUGUUGUGAACAGCUACUGCCUCUGUUUGCUAUAUGUUUGGACAAACUUUCUGACAAUAUGUUUUUUGUUUGUUUUCCAUUUGGUUUUGUGCUGCUUUUCUAUUAUUAUGAUAUUCUACUCCUAAUAUAAAACAUUGAGAGAGGGGGGUCAGUUACGUUGGAACACUCUCUGAAGUCUGAUGUUCUGUUUAACAUUAUUUAACUUCAGUGUUAGCUAUUUCUUCCUAUUGUUUUAUAGCUCAGAGUGACUAUUAACAUUCUCUAGGAAUAAAAAUCAUAUUAGAUCUCUUUAAAUCAGGUUAUCUUAACUAUUGUCAACUGUGGUUGUUUUAACUUGCUGCUAAAGGGCAUGCAUCUUCUUAAGCUUUCCUUGUAUUUUUGUCACUUCAGGACAAAACUGGAAAACGUUUCUGUGGAACAGGGUGAAAUCCUGACCAACCUGUUUGUUGGGGGGUUUUUUAUUCCUUAAGCCUAUUUUUUCUGUGGGAAAAGAUACAAACUAACAAUACAAAGGUCCAUCUCCUCCAUGUAAUUUUGAAUAACAAAAUUGAUUUUGUUUUUGUAAUGUGGCUGAUAUUCUCUCCAAGUGCCUUAGUCAUGUCAUUGUGUUUUGAUGAUCAUCUCUUUAUAUUUAAAACACUGAAUUUUGUGUUCUCAUUAAUACUGAAAUAUUUUUGUGCAACAGGUUUUUUUCUUUUAAGAUACUCUCUGUGGUUUGUAUGGUGUUUGUGAACAUUUUUCUAUAGUGCAAGAUGUAAUUUGGUUAAUAAUGUUGCAUAAAACUAAAGUUUUUAAUUUGUGUGCAAACUGCUUGCAUGGAAGUAUCACUUAGUUUCUUGUAUUAAACUCUAUAAAAUCAUCUUUCUCUUGCCAACAUGACUUGGACUUCAUCUUGGUUUUGAUAACAAUGGUGCCCUUGUAGGACCCAGAAGCACAAGGCACAGCAAUCCCGAGGAGCAUGCCACUUACUAUUUCAACACCUUCUCUAAGGAGAUGUUAGUCCAGGCAAUGGUUGGAAUAUUACAAAUUAAUGGGCAGGGAGAAGAAAGCACAUUAAUGCAAGACUUAAAGCCUUUUCGAAUUCUUAUCAGUUUGCUGGAUAAGCCUGAACUAGGCCCUGCCAUACUAGAGGAUGUAUUGAUUGAAGUGUUUCGAACAUUAUAUACACAGUGCAAAGCAGAACUGGAGCUUCAGGCAGAACCAUCUUUCAACAAAGAUCACGCACAGCUAAGCAGCAAACUGAGAGAAAACAAGAAAACGGCGGAAUUGAUUAAAACUGCCAAUCUUCUUUUCAAUUCCUUUGAGCCUUAUUAUAUGUGGGAUUACAUUGCUCGUUGGUUUGAAGAAUGUUGUAGGAGGACAUUACAUGCCAGACUUCAAACUGGGCCUGGAGGUGAUAGCGAGCAAUCUGAGUUACCUCUGACAAAUUUCUGCUUGUUAGUGGAUUUUUUGUUGGAUAUUGUUUCUUUGCCUACUAGAAGUAUGAGAGUCCUGUGUCAGGAGACUUACAUUGAAAUACAGACAGAACACUUGCCUCAGCUGUUGCUCAGGAUGAUUUCUGCGUUGACAAGCCACCUUAAUACUCUGCAUUUGUCUGAGCUUACUGAUUCUCUGAGACUCUGCUCGAAGAUCCUUAGUAAGGUUCAGCCGCCGUUGCUAUCUGCUGGUACAGAUGGUAUCCUGCAGCUUCCUAGUGGACACAGCAGCUCCAUCAAAGAAUGGGAAAAUAAAAAGGUGCCAUCAGUUUCACUUGAAAAUCCUAACGAUGUGUUUGAAGAUGGUGAAAAUCCUCCAAGCAGUCGAUCAUCGGAAAGUGGAUUCACUGAGUUUGUACAAUACCAGGCAGAUACAACUGAUGACAUUGACAGAGCACUGAAUGAAGGUCACGGUGCACCUGGCAUUCCUAUUAUUGGUAGCACAUCCUCAGAGACUGAGACAGCAUCAACUGUGGGAUCCGAGGAGACCAUUGUACAGCCUCCUUCCAUAAUGACACAGGGGGCAGCAACUCGUAGUGGUAAAACGAUCCAAAAGACUGCAAUGCAGUGCUGUUUGGAGUAUGUCCAACAGUUUUUAACCAGAUUUAUCAACCUGUAUAUCAUUCAGAGUAAUUCCUUGUCUCAGCCCUUGGGGGCAGAGCUUCCGGUGGACCUCACUACAGUGCAAGGACAGAGCACAAAACAGGACAGAGAAUCACAAGAUGAUGCUAAGGUAAAGAAAACAAACAAGAAAACACCACCAAAAGAGUACCUUCCUGCCUUUAUUGCUGCUUGUCAACUGUAUCUUGAAUGUUCAAGCUUUCCCGUUUACAUUGCUGAAGGAAACCGUACUUCGGAAUUACAUCCUGGGAAGCCUGAAGUUGACUGUGAACAAGUACAUCCUCCACUGUGGCUACAGACUUUAAUGCAUGCUUGCAAGCAAGCAAGUGAUUUCAGUGUUCAGGGUGUUACUAUUUCCCUUGUGAUGGACUUGGUUGGAUUGACUCAAUCUGUUGCUCUUGUCACUGGAGAAAAUCUGAACAGUGUGGAAACUGCUCAGCCUCUUAGUCCUAACCAGGGAAGAGUGGCUGUUGUCAUCAGACCUCCUCUUACUCAAGGCAAUCUGAGAUAUAUGGCUGAAAAGACAGAUUUCUUCAAGCAUAUAGCUUUAACUCUUUGGGACCAGUUGGGUGAUGGAACUCCUCAGCAUCAUCAGAAGAGUGUGGAGCUCUUCUACCAGCUGCACAACCUCGUUCCAUCUUCUAGCAUUUGUGAAGAUGUUAUUAGUCAGCAGCUGACUCACAGAGACAAGAAAGUAAGAAUGGAAGCUCAUGCUAAGUUUGCAGUGCUAUGGCAUCUCACCAGAGACCUUCAUAUUAACAAGUCGUCUUCCUUUGGCCGUACCUUUGACAGGUCUUUGUUUAUCAUGCUGGAUAGUCUCAAUAGCUUGGAUGGUUCUACAUGGUCAGUGGGACAAGCCUGGUUAAAUCAAGUGCUUCAAAGACAUGAUAUUGCAAGGGUUCUUGAACCUUUGCUCCUACUCCUUCUCCAUCCGAAAACUCAGCGGGUUUCUGUUCAGCGAGUACAGGCUGAAUGUUACUGGACUAAAUCUCCCAAUCACCCCGAAGAAGAAAAUGAAAAGCAGUUCAUGCAGAAGUUUAGCUGUGCUGAUGCAUUUUCCCAUGUGCCUGUAAACCAAGGACAACUUAUUAUACCUAAAGAAGGCAAUGAAAAACAACUUGCUAUGGAUGAAAUGGAGAACUUCAGCCUCACUGUCAACCCUCUGAGUGACAGGCUUUCCCUGUUAAGUACCAGCAGUGAGACCAUACCAAUGGUUGUGUCUGAUUUUGAUCUUCCUGACCAUCAAGUUGAAAUACUGCAGAGUUCUGACUCAGGCUGUUCUCAGUCAUCUACUGGAGACAACAUCAGUUAUGAAGUGGAAACAGAAAGCCUGAGUGCUCAAGAUAGCUCUCAGACUCUGAAAGAAGACUCACCUGAUGAAAUUGUGCAACAAGUGGUUACAGAUCUCAUAUGCAAAGUUGUAAGUGGUCUCGGAGAAGAAGUUGAACUAGUUAAAGAUAGUAUACACACUGAGGAUACUUCAUGUAAAUUCAGUUCUUUGGAUAACUCUGUAGAGAUGGCAAAAAAUGAUGAUCAAAAUAUUGAAAGUAGUCAGAGUAGUUUGCUUAGUAAUGGCAGCUCACAGUUGCUAUCAGCCUCAACUGAGACUGGACUUGAGAGCUUAGGAGAUGAAAUUUCAAGAAAUAACUCUUCACCUUGUAUUGCAGAAAGCCAGCAAUCUUUCUCUGAUCUCACUCUUUCUUCCACUGAAUCAAAGUCCAGAAAGCGAAGCCACAGUAGUAUUCAGUUCAGCUUUAAAGGAAAGCUACCAGAAAAAAUGUCAGAAAAAGAAACAAUCGUUAAAGAGGCUGGUAAGCAACCAGGUGCAAAACCUAAGGUGAAAAUAGCCAAAAAGAAAGAUGAAGAGAAGAAGAAAUCACAAACAGAAAAGCUUAAGCAAACAAAUGUCUUUUUUAGUGAUGGUCUUGAUUUAGAAAAUUGGUACAGUUGUGGAGAAGGAGAAAUUUCAGAAAUAGAAAGCGAUGUGGGGUCCCCAGGAAUGCGAAAAUCUCCUAACUUCAAUAUCCAUCCACUGUAUCAACAUGUGCUGCUUUAUCUCCAGCUGUAUGACUCUUCAAGGACAUUGUAUGCUUUUUCUGCAAUUAAAGCAAUUCUGAAAACAAAUCCUUCAGCUUUUGUAAGUGCCAUCUCCACUACCAGUGUCAACAACGCAUACACUCCUCAGCUUUCAUUGCUCCAGAAUCUUCUAGCCAGGCAUCGGAUAUCUGUUAUGGGCAAGGAUUUCUACAGUCACAUCCCGGUUGAUUCUAACCAUAACUUUCGGAGCUCUAUGUACAUAGAGAUUCUUAUCUCCUUGUGUUUAUACUACAUGCGGAGCCACUAUCCAACUCAUGUGAAAGUCACCUCACAAGAUCUAAUAGGAAACCGCAAUAUGCAAAUGAUGAGUAUAGAAAUUCUGACACUUCUCUUUGCUGAGUUGGCAAAAGUGAUAGAAAGCUCUGCCAAAGGCUUUCCUAGUUUUAUUUCAGACAUGUUGUCCAAGUGCAAGGUCCAGAAAGUGAUCCUGCAUUGUCUGCUGUCUUCUAUCUUCAGUGCACAGAAAUGGCACAGUGAAAAGAUAGCUGGAAAAAACAUAGUGGCUGUAGAAGAAGGUUUCUCUGAAGACAGCCUUAUAAAUUUUUCUGAAGAUGAAUUUGACAAUGGCAGUACUCUGCAGUCACAACUUUUAAAAGUACUUCAGCGGCUGAUUGUGCUGGAACACAGAGUAAUGACUGUGCCUGAAGAAAAUGAAACGGGGUUUGACUUUGUCAUAACAGACUUGGAGCACAUCGGUCCCCAGCAGCCAAUGACUUCUCUUCAGUAUUUACAUUCCCAGCCAAUAACCUGCCAAGGCAUGUUUCUCUGUGCAGUGAUACGAGCUUUACACCAGCACUGUGCCUGUAAAAUGCAUCCCCAGUGGAUUGGCCUUAUCACUUCUACGUUGCCUUACAUGGGAAAAGUUCUUCAAAGGGUGGUUGUUUCAGUGACUCUUCAGCUCUGCAGGAACUUGGAUAAUUUAAUUCAGCAGUAUAAAUAUGAAACUGGAUUAUCUGAUAAUAGGCCUCUCUGGAUGGCAUCAGUCACUCCCCCAGAUAUGGUUCUUACUUUACUAGAAGGGAUCACAACAAUAAUUCAUUACUGCCUCCUGGAUCCAUCUACGCAGUAUCAUCAGCUUUUGGUUAAUGUAGAUCAGAAGCACUUGAUUGAAGCACGCAAUGGGAUACUAUCUAUCUUGCAUAUGAUCAUGUCUUCUGUGACUUUGCUGUGGAGCAUUCUGCACCUUGCAGAUUCUUCGGAGAAAACUGCUGCUGCUGCUGCUGCAUCCAUUACCACUAUUAAUCUUGGGUCAACAAAGAAUUUGAGGCAACAGAUCCUGGAACUUUUGGGUCCGAUUUCAAUGAAUCACGGUGUUCACUUCAUGGCUGCCAUUGCAUUUGUAUGGAAUGAAAGGAGGCAAAACAAAAAUACUUCUAGGACAAAGGUUAUACCUACAGCAGGUGAAGAACAACUUCUACUGGUCGAGCUGGUUCGCUCUAUCAGUGUUAUGAGAACAGAGACUGUUAUACAAACUGUGAAAGAAGUUUUGAAGCAGCCUCCAGCCAUAGCAAAGGACAAGAAACAUCUUUCAUUGGAAGUCUGCAUGUUGCAGUUUUUCUAUGCGUAUACUCAAAGGAUUCCAGUGACCAGCUUAGUAGACAGCUGGGCAGCACUGCUGCUUCUAUUAAAAGAUUCCAUACAGGUUGGUCUUCCAGCUCCAGGACAGUUUCUCAUACUUGGCGUUCUUAAUGAGUUCAUCAUGAAAAACCCAAGUCUGGAGAAUAAGAAAGAUCAAAGAGAUCUCCAGGAUGUAACGCACAAGAUAGUGGAUGCCAUUGGGGCGAUUGCUGGUUCUUCCUUGGAACAGACUACUUGGCUAAGACGAAACUUAGAGGUUAAGCCUUCCCCCAAGAUUAUGGUUGAUGGAAACAACUUAGAAUCAGAUGUUGAAGAUAUGUUGUCUCCAGCAAUGGAAACUUCAAACAUAACUCCAUCUGUUUAUAGUGUCCACGCAUUGACCUUACUUUCUGAGGUUUUGGCUCAUCUUUUGGAUAUGGUUUUCUACAGUGAUGAAAAAGAGAGGGUUAUUCCUUUGCUCGUAAAUAUUAUGCACUAUGUUGUGCCCUACCUCCGUAAUCACAGCGCUCACAACGCAUCCAGCUAUCGAGCCUGUGUCCAGUUAUUAAGCAGUCUUAGCGGGUAUCAGUACACAAGGAGAGCAUGGAAAAAGGAAGCAUUUGACCUCUUCAUGGAUUCCAGUUUCUUCCAGAUGGAUGCUUCAUGUGUUAACCAUUGGAGAGCUAUUAUGGAUAAUUUGAUGACACAUGACAAAACCACAUUCAGAGAUUUGAUGACACGAGUGGCUGUGGCUCAGAGCAGUUCACUCAACCUGUUUGCUAACCGGGAUGUGGAGCUGGAGCAGCGCGCUAUGCUCCUGAAGAGACUCGCGUUCGCAAUUUUUAGCAGUGAGAUAGACCAAUACCAGAAAUACCUUCCAGAUAUACAAGAAAGGCUGGUAGAAAGUCUCCGGUUGCCACAGGUGCCCACCCUUCAUUCCCAAGUGUUCCUGUUUUUCAGAGUAUUGCUUUUAAGAAUGUCUCCACAGCAUCUUACCUCACUUUGGCCAACCAUGAUCACUGAACUGGUGCAAGUGUUUUUACUGAUGGAACAGGAGCUCACUGCUGAUGAAGACAUUUCCAGAACUUCUGGCCCGUCUGUUGCUGGUCUGGAGACGACUUACACAGGUGGCAAUGGCUUCUCCACAUCCUACAACAGCCAGAGGUGGUUGAACCUGUAUUUGUCCGCUUGUAAAUUUCUGGACUUGGCCCUAGCUUUACCAUCUGAAAACCUGCCUCAGUUCCAGAUGUAUCGUUGGGCUUUUAUUCCAGAAGCAUCAGAUGAUUCAGGCUUGGAAGUACGAAGACAGGGUACACAUCAGAGGGAAUUCAAACCGUAUGUGGUGCGUCUGGCAAAACUGUUGCGCAAAAAGGCAAAGGACAAACAGGAGGACUUUAAGACGGUGGUUUUGGAGGGAAUGGAGAUGGCCAAGCAUCAGAAAAACCCGGAGGAGGAUGGCUCAGGGAAAACACUAAGUUGGGAACCAGGUCACUUGCUUUUAACAAUCUACACCGUUCGCAGCAUCGAGCAGCUUUUGCCUUUCUUCAACGUACUCAGCCAAGUGUUUAACAGCAAAGUCACAAGCAGAUGUGUUGGACACUCAGGGAGCCCUGUCCUUUACCCCAGCUGUUUUCCGAGUAAGGACAUAAAAAUGGAGAACCUCAAGACCUUCUCUAGCAAAGCAAGACAAAAGAUAGAAGAAAUGGUUGAGAAGGAUUUUCUUGAAGGUGUCAUAAAAUCAUGAACCAAACUGGUACUACGCAGCCUAUGUGAAGUGUAACUAUUUAAAUGAAAUACUGUAUCUUUCCCAGGUGUAUAGUAUUCUUUUCUUACUUUGUAUGUAAUGAAAUACUUAAUGUUGUAUUUAAGUUAAAUAUUUGUAAAUAAGAGAAAAGUUCUGGAUGUGGCCUGAAUCAAGUUUAAAUAUUGGUGGCUCAUAUUGAUUAUGGUGCCUACUAUUUGCAGUAAAUGUUUUGUUGUCUUGAGUUCUGUCUUUAAAAAAAACUAAAAAAAAAAUACAAGGUGCACAUUUUUCCAAUUUGUUUCCAGUUUAUUUCUGUCUUUUUUUUUUAAAUCUAUUAGAACUUGUGCUUAUUUAAUAAUCUGGAAAAUGCCAUUAUGUCAGGAGUUAAUACAGGACUACAAGAACAACGUCAGAGGUAGACACCCUGAAUCAAAGUAAGCUGAGGAGGACACUUGUGUGUUUAAAAUACUACAUCCCUUGACCCAGCCCCUUCAUGGUGCUGGGCAGCAGUAAGGGCCACAGAAGACAAACUUGUCUCUGUCCCUUCCCUCUUAAGUGUGAUUAUAAAUGCUAUUACUGCAAAUCACUUUCUAAUUAAUUUCACAAAGUAUCUAAUGAAGAUAAUAUUGCAAUAAUAAGUUAUUAUUUGCAAAUGUUCUUUUUUAUUUUAUUGUUUCCCCCUCGAACUGAGGUAAACUGAAUCUGAAGACUAGUGACAGCCUGUGCCUUAUGCUGUUUGCCCACAGAUGACUGGGCUGCUGUGGGAAGGUGGGGAUGAUGUUCCUGCAGCAGGCACUGUGCUGCAGCCACUGUGAGCACAGUCACAGCAGAGCUCCAGUCAUGCAGCCAUGGCCAGUGCUCUGAGGGUACGGGAGCUGGAUUUCAGGCACAAUGUGACAAUGAAUUAAGCUGGGCUGGGGCAGAUUUCCUUCUAGGCAUGGCCAUGGCCUGUCAAGAACUUAGACAAACUUGGGGAGGGGAACAUUCAGCAGCAAGUGCAUCUCAUUAAGAGGUAAGUUGCUAAAGGAGGUAAAGAAUAAAUGGAAAAAUAUUCUGUUCAGUUCUGAUCAAUGCUUGUUAUCCCAGGAAGGGUUCAGUACGUGCACAAGAGCACGUGGUAAAAAAAGUAAUAUUAAAAGAUAAGCAAAGCUGUGUAAUUUAA